AUGGACGGCAGACCCGCGACGGCGGAUGACGUGGUGGAGGCGAUGCGGGAGUUCGUCUGGUUUCCGCCGCCGCGCCCCGCCUCCGAGUUCUUCUCCCGCUUCAGCGCCCCGCGGUCUUGCUCCAAGUGGAUCAGCCGCCUCGAGUGCAACCUCUACUACUAUGGGACCAACUACUUCAUCUUGAUCCUAUUGAUAGGGAUGAGCUUCCUUCAGAAACCAGUUGCUAUACUUACAGCUUUUGCAACUGGCCUCAGCAUUGCAUUUUUCAGUGACAGCUCUGUCCGUCAUGGCCGACCAAGUAUGAAAGGAUCAACUCAUAUUUGUGGCCGACCUCUGUCUAUGUGGGUCUUUGCCCUGUUCCUUUUUGAAGUUAGCUGCAUUUUCUGGGCGAGCUCCUGCAAUUUCCUGAUAGUUCCGUGGGAACUAUACGUUGGUCUACUCGUAACCUUGAUUCAUGCCAGCUUCAGAGAACGUAAUCUGAAAGGCCGUCUCAACAGAUUCAGGAAGGAAUUUCGAGAAGCAUGGUGA